AUGAUAAAUAACAUUAAUUUUUAUGCAAUAAUUACAACUUUAUUUAUAAUAAAAGCAGUUAGAGGAAAAUUGUAUCCUUAUUAUUAAUUAUUUUCAGAGGAUCGAUAAUAGCAUUAACGUUUUGCUUUGCUAGCAUAUGAAUGUGAAUAACAAUUGAGGGAUUACUAACCCAAUAAAUCCAAUACUUACAUUGCCCUAACCAAUUACAUUGAUUGCUAUGGAUACAACCCUUUCGAUGAGCAAUAUUUGAAUACCUAAGCUAUUGUAUAGUUGGAGAAUUAUAACCAAAUCAAAUUUGAACAAAAUUUAUAAAUUGCAUUACAAAUAGACGAUUAGUUAUUGCAAUAUUUUGAUAAGCAACUGCGUUGUGGUACUAUUGCCGAAGAAGAUGAUGACGAAGAAGUCCAUCCAGAUUCUAAUGAUUCCUAUGUCUUUGAUCCUAUGAAAGGAUUAAAAUUAUAAAAGGAAAUCCAAUUAUAAAAAUAAUCCAAAUCAUCAAAACAACCAAAAUCAGUUCAGCCAUAUUAGGAUAAAGAUUAUCCAUCAUAUAAAUAGCAAUAUCAAUAUUCAAGUGUUAAAAAACAACUGAAAUUAUCUGAUUAGAAAUCUGAUGAAUAUUAUGAUAUUUAAGAUUUUUCAAAUAAAUUACACUAGGAUGAAUAAGAAUAUGAAGAAGAUUAACAAUAUAAUCAAGAUUAAUUUUAUCAAGCGCCAUAAGAUACUGAAUAAAGAGAUGAUGGUUAAUAUGAUAUCCCCUAAUUUGGAAGCUAUGAUUCAGUCACAUUCAAAUAGCAGCUCUAAGAAAUAAGCAAAUAGAGUUUAGAAAAGCCACUACUAUUCCAAUCUCCUUUGAAGCAGGAUCUUCUCAAUAAAUUUGAAUUAACUCAUGGCAACAAUAAUGUAAUUACUAGUGAAAACAAAAAUGAAUUCAAUAGUUCAGAAACUAAAUUUCAAAUUACUAGUGCCAAUAAGUUUAUUAAUGAUUAAGAAUAGUAAAUUAUGCCUGUUCCUAUAAGUGAAUCUCCAUAAAGAUUACGACAAUAAUAAAAAAAAUAACCAUAAAUCUAACAAGUAUCCUUAUUGGGUAGUUUAUUCACACCAUAAGUAUUGAAGGAGAUGGAAUAUUUAAAUGAUGAUUUAUUGCCGCAAUAAGAGUACAGCAUACCUGUAUAAUAUUAAGAAAUAACAGUUGAAAGAGCAUUUAUAGAUGAACGAAGAAAAUAAUAACAAUAAUAAUAGUAAUAGUAACCUUAUUAAUAAUAAUCUUGUUAAUCACAGCCUUAAUCUUAAUUAUCGAUUUAAUCAAGAACUGUUGAAUCAAAAUAAAGAAAAAGAACUCACCCAACCUUCUCUCCCUUCAGAAUAUAAAUGAUGGAAGAAAUUAGAGAUGCUUUAGAAUCUAAACCAAUUGUAGAUGAUUUAAAAGAUGGAAAAACUUAACUCUAUGUUAUGUAACAAUUAUAAUCGAAAACCAAUGAAAUUUUUGAAUUCACCGUAUCACUUGCAAAAGAAGUAUAAAGCAAAGGAUGGCUAUCAAAAUAAUCAAUUAUUAAAAUCAAUGAUCAAUAUAAAGAGUUUAGCCAUCUAUUAAUGAAAAAAUAACCUAAUCUUUAACAAAAACAAGAUAAUAAUUCUAUUAUCCAGAGAAUGUAUUCUUAAAUGACAGAAUAUUUGACAACUCAAUUCAUCUAAUAGUUAAAUCUAUAAUAACAAUGUGAGUCUGUAUAUUUAAAUGCAAUAUUCACACCAAUUAUUAUUGCUAUUGCUAUUGUGGAUAACGAUUUCCCAAGAAUUAACUCGAAAAUUCCUCCCAUUAAUUUAAAAUUAAUAUAAAAAGCAUUUUAGAAUGUAUCUUAAACAGUUUAAACUAUUAAACAACUUCCAAAAUUAUUAUUGUAACGAUAAAUAUUUUAAAGAGACCUAUGUCUCUUUGAAGAAUCUUUAGAAAUGCUUCAAAACCUGAUGUCUUAAUCAGAAGCUGUCACCAUUAUUCAGAACAAAGAAUUAUAUUAAAUAAUUAGACAAUGUUAUGUAAUAUAAUAAUGUUUUUAAUUAAUGGAGAAUUUAAAAAUUGAGAACGAUCAUAUUUUAUAAUUGAAUGAUAAUAAGAAAUAUUAAGAAUAAUGGAAACAAAUUGGUACAAGAUAUGCAUCAAAGAAAAAUAAGGAUGAUGUGUUAUAAAAAUAAAAUUAAGAAAUGCUUGAAAAAUUUGGUAUUGACUUCUAUGCCUGGCAAUUAAAUCUUUAGAUUUAAGAAAAUGAAAUUAAAAAGAUUAAAAGAAUGGAAAAUGAAUAAUUAUGGAAAGAUAAGAGAAAUGAAAAGCAAUAAUAAAAACAAGCAGUUCAGAAAGAAAAUUAAGAUAUCUUAAGAGAAAAUGAAGAACAAUAUAAAUUAAAUCAAGCAAUUAAAGAGCAUGAUAAAUAGAAAAAGGCUUAAGAAUUCAGAGAAAGACAAUAACAGAAGGCUUAUAGUUCUGUCAUGAUGAAAUAAUAACAAAAAUGCGAUUAAUAAGAUAUGAGAAAGAAUCAAAGUCAAAUAAUAAAAUAGAGUUCAGAAAUCCUGAGUAUAUAAAAAUUGGAUUUAAAGAAUGAAAAAGACAGUGCCUGCAAAUACAGACAAGAUAGAAUAAAUAGUGCUAGAGGACAUAAGAAAGAGAAGCAAACUAAUAGUCAAAAAAAAGAGGAAGAGGAAAGAGUUUGGCAAAAAGCUCAAGAAUUGUUAGCAAAACAAAGUUAAUUGCUUCAUUAGAAGAAGUUAAUUCUUUAACAAUUAAAAAAUAAAUGA